AUGAAUCACGAGGAGUUCAAAAUAACCCUGAAGGAUUUUCCAGAGUCAUCAUUUGAACCCAAAGUACAAGUGCCAUUUUAUGUGAAACCGGGUCAAUGCCCCAGGAAACUUGUCAUUGAAAGGAAACGGCGAGAAUACGAGAGGCACAAUCUCGAACGCCUGUUGGAAGAAAGGCACAAGAUUCUUACGAGAAAUCUUAUGCCAAAGCCUGCUUUUGACUAUCGAGAUAAGCAAAGAGCUUGGGAUCGUUAUUUAUUCCUUGAAAUUUUUGAUGAUGAAGAUUAUGACUGCCGGACCCCUUCAGAUUGGCUUGCAUUGGGGCUUGUUGGUAAAGUUCGCAAACCCAUACCAGCAAUUGCCCUACUGCCUGGUGUUGAAACUCCAGAAGACGUCGACAUGCGAAGUGUGGAAGUAAGUUGGCACUGGCAAAAAUGCGCUGUUAUUGACUAUAACUGGAACACUAAGAAGUGGCUAGUACGGAGGAAGAUUUCGAAUAUUUGUGGACCAACAAAGGAUCCAACGGUGGCGGAGUCACAAUAUUGGAUUCCUAGGAUUCAGUUAAUGUUUUUAGCGGAAGACCCGGUUAUCUUUGCAAAACGCGUUGCUCAAGCCUACUAUGAUAGGGAAGCUGCUGAAGCAACGAUUCGUUACAACCUCUAUCUGGAUUGCAUGCCCGUUGAUGGACUUGUCGAAAUGAACCAGUCGACGAUAAAUCACAUCACUUACCUUGCCAAGGAAUCAACGCCACGCCUAAAAGCUGUCAAAGGAUUAGAAUCAUCAUUACAAUUUCUACAGAAGGAAAUUGUUAUCGACCACUGGCGAAGCAUGAAUGAUAUAAUUCUACGUACGAUCGAGAUGCCCAAGUUUGACUUCAGGAGAGCUUUUGAGGAAUUUACAUUUAAUACAUUUUUCACACGGCCUGAAGCUAUAGUGGCGAAUGCUACAGCCCAGUUCGAAUGUUUUGAGGCGAGACGAAAAUUUCUUUUACAGUUUCCUGUUUCAAAGGCGGUCAGAAUUGAAGAAUUUGAGCAAACACAAAUCCAGACAAUUCAACAGUCAGCAUCGUUUCUAAAAACUAGCUGGAUUGAAAAUCUACGACGUCACAUUCGCGUAGCCUUGCGUGAGAGCGGUAAAGGAUGGUUUAACAUAUAUGAAACUGACUAUUACGUCUACUCAAAGUCAAAACUCAAGAAAUUUUUGGAAAGUAUAAAGUUCUGCAUGCAAGAUGCUCUCCGUUACAAUGUUAUGGAAUCAAUUUUUGGAUUUGUAAAAAUAUUUGAGGAUGCCUGCUAUGACUGCCUCAAGCUUAACUCAGACUUCGUGUGGACAAAUGACCUACGAACAAGCAAUAUUCAGCCGAAAUACAAUCCGGUCUUUGUUGUUGACCUGGUAAUUGACUCGGACGGAGUCCAUUACAGCAACCUAAUGGGGCAGUUUGACAGAUGUUGCGGGCAGCUUUUGGAUAAAGCUAUAAAUUCCAUCCAACAGAUUUCUCAGCUCGAGCGAUUUGUUGUUGAAGGCAUAAGUUGGUCAGAAAACCCAUUAAUUGAGGCUGUUGGUGCUCAUGAGCCAGAGGUUGAAGCCUAUAGGACCAAACUACGAAAAUUACUUCGAGCCGCCUACAUCCCAAUGAACGCUUAUGCUGAGCAAUACAAGACCUACGUGGAACUAUCGCUUCUCGAAAUUCCAACUUACAUAAAUGAUUUUCUGCGAGUGUACGAGGCCCAAAAUGAAGAUGCCUACGCUGUAAAAAAGGAGGUAGAGAAACAAUAUUCUGAGGAGAAGAAAUUGGAGGAAGUGAUGCCUCUAUUAAUCACGAUUGGGCCAUUCCUUAUAAAUGUAGAACCCCUCAGGACUAGACUUAUGAAAAAGAGGUCUGACAUGGCCAGGGCUAUGCUUGAUUUACUUGCACGGCAAUUAAGGAAACAAGCUGAUGCUGCCUGUGAAGUGUUCCAGGAGAUUGCUAACAAACUCUACGAGAAACCUAACACAAUUGAAGAGCUGACAGUAGUUCGUGAUUACAUGGACACUGUUCCUAGUAUUGUUGAGAGACAACAGGAGGAGGUAGAUCGCGUUCUUGCUGACUAUGAGCUAAUUGACGAAUUCUACUACAAUCUAAACAACGAUGACUUUACAGCCAAAUGGACCACAAUUGCAUGGCCGAGCAAAAUCCGGAAUCUUUUGGAAGAGACGGAACUGAUGUUGGAAGAAGACGAAGAACGGUUCCGGAGACUCCAAAUUUCAGACUUGGCUUCCUUUGCUGAUAAGAUUGAUAGUCUUACGAUGAUGGUAUCCUCUAUGGCAUCAUUUACAGACGUGAGCAAAGCCCAUGAGGUCUCUAACGAAGUGCGAAGAGUUCACAAGCAACUCAUGGACGCACAAGAGAGUGCCCUACUGUAUAACAGCCGUGAGAGGCUUUUUGAGAUGCCAGUUACUAAUUUUGAUAGGAUAGGCACUUUGCUAAAGGACUUUGAGCCAUUCCGUGUGCUAUGGAUCGCAGUGUCUGACUGGCUAAAAACACAAGAUGCUGUCAUGUCUGAUCCGCUAUCUUCAAUUGAUGCCGCAGCUGUUGAAAAACAGGUUACCGAAUGCCACAAGAUUAUGCAUAAAUCCAUUCGGAUUUUCCACGAGCUACCUGGUGUUCAAGAAGUAGCUAGCCAAAUCAAGAUGGCGAUCGAGGAAUUCAAACCCUUCGUACCACUCAUCCAGGGCCUUCGUAAUCCUGGCAUGAACAGUAGGAUGUGGGAUUUAAUCAGCGAAAGGACUGGCAUUGCAGUUGUGCCCAAAGCUUCACUGACCUUCGCCAAAUGUCUUGAAAUGCGACUUCAGGACCAUAUCGAGGUGAUCACGGAAAUCGCUGACAUAGCUGGGAAAGAAUAUGGCAUCGAGUCAGUACUUUGUAAGAUGAUCGACGACUGGGAGAACAUUAUAUUCGAAAUUCAACCGUAUAAGACAACCGGGACCUACGUUAUUAAAAUCACGGAAGAAAUCAAUCAGCAACUUGACGAUCACAUAGUACUCACACAAUCUCUAAGCUUUUCACCGUACAAAAAGCCAUUCGAGGAACGCAUUGCAAGCUGGGAGAAACGUCUGCAGAUCACUCAGGAGGUCAUUGAGGAAUGGAUCACUUGUCAGCGUAACUGGCUUUAUUUAGAGCCCAUUUUUACAUCAGAGGACAUCACACGUCAAUUGCCAGUAGAAGGAAAACGAUUCGCUACGAUGGAGAAGAUCUGGAGAAAGAUCAUGAAAAUAGCCCAUGAUCAGCCAAAAGUGAUUAUUUUGUGUCCCGAUAGCCGAAUCUUAAACAACCUUCGUGAAUGCAACACUUUGCUGGAACAAGUCCAAAAGGGAUUAAGCGAAUAUCUUGAAACAAAACGGCAGGCGUUUCCUCGUUUCUUCUUCUUGUCUGAUGAUGAACUGUUGGAGAUACUUUCACAGUCCAAGGAUCCAACCGCCGUGCAGCCGCACUUGAAAAAGUGUUUCGAAAAUAUUGCAAAGCUUAGAUUUGAGAGUGAUUUGGAAAUUACGGCAAUGUUCUCAGGUGAAGGCGAAAAGAUUCCAUUCGAGAAGACUACGCACCCGACUGGAAACGUCGAAGAAUGGAUGUCCGAGGUUGAGAAUUUAAUGCGCUUCUCCAUGCGUACUAUAAUCGGUCGAGCUCUAGUCGCCUAUCCAGAGACCGCAAGAACAGAAUGGAUUCUAAAUUGGCCUGGCCAGGUCGUCAUCGCUGGUUGUCAAACCUAUUGGGCAUCCGAAGUUACAGAGUCCCUCGUUCACACGAACGCGGGUGGACUCAAAGGAUUGUAUCCCCAUCUGUUAGACCAGUUGGACGAUCUUCGCAUCUUAGUUCGAGGUGAUUUAACGAAAAUCGGUCAAAUGACGCUCUCUGCAUUGAUCGUUAUUGAAGUACAUGCCAGAGAUGUAGUUGACAACAUGGUCCAACAACAUGUCUCAUCUAUUAAUGACUUUGAGUGGAUUAGCCAGCUACGGUACUUUUGGAUUCCCAAAGAAGAAGAGCUCAAGAUUCGUGUUGUCAAUGCUGAAUUCUCUUAUGGCUAUGAGUACUUAGGAAACACCACCAGACUGGUAAUCACACCACUGACAGAUCGCUGUUACCUCACUCUUACUGGUGCGCUCCAUCUAAACUUUGGAGGUGCUCCAUCAGGUCCAGCAGGAACUGGGAAGACUGAGACAACAAAGGAUUUGGGCAAGGCUUUCGCUAUCCAGUGUGUCGUUUUUAAUUGCUCCGAUCAGCUCGACUUCAUGGCCAUGGGCAAAUUCUUCAAGGGUCUUGCUUCAUCUGGUGCCUGGGCAUGCUUUGAUGAAUUCAACCGUAUUGACAUUGAAGUUUUGUCAGUUGUUGCGCAACAAAUCACAACUGUUCAGAAAGCACAGAUGCAACGGGUCGAGAGGUUCCUUUUUGAAGGCGUAGAAUUGUCCCUAAAGGCCUCCUGCGCUAUCUUCAUUACAAUGAAUCCCGGUUAUGCCGGCCGUACUGAGUUACCAGACAACUUGAAGGCGCUUUUCCGACCAGUCGCAAUGAUGGUUCCAGACUAUGCCCUGAUCGCUGAAAUUUCCCUUUUCUCUUUUGGCUUUGCUGAUGCCCGUGUGUUAGCAAAGAAAAUCGUUACAACGUUUAAACUUUCUUCUGAGCAGUUGAGUAGUCAGAAGCACUACGAUUUCGGUAUGCGCGCUGUUAAAAGCGUCAUUUACGCCGCUGGUAAUCUGAAAAGACGUGAAGCGGAUAUGGACGAAGACCUCAUCGUCCUCCGAGCAAUUCGUGAUGUAAACCUACCGAAGUUCCUAACAGAUGACUUGAGCCUCUUUAACGGCAUUGUAUCCGACCUAUUUCCAAAGAUUCGUCAUAUUGUUGCGGGAGAGAUUGAUUACGGUGAUCUCAUGGUGGCCCUAAAAACAGCUGCAGGGAAAAUGAAUCUUAAGGAUGGUAAUGGUUUUCUACACAAAUGCAUCCAGUUAUUCGAGACCACGGUUGUUCGGCAUGGUCUGAUGAUUCUUGGUCCAACGGGAUCUGGCAAAACUAAGUGUUACGAGGUACUCAAAGACGCUCUGAGUUCUUUGAGAAACCAGCCUUCUCCAGACGGCUCGUUCUUCCAGAACGUUAUAACUUACGUCUUGAAUCCCAAAUCUAUCACUAUGGGCCGACUGUAUGGGGAAUUUGACCUUGUAACACACGAGUGGACUGACGGUAUCUUGAGUGUUCUCAUUAGAGAAGGUGUUGCUGCCGAUGACCUUGACAAACGGUGGUACGUUUUUGAUGGUCCUGUUGACGCUGUGUGGAUUGAGAACAUGAACACAGUGCUUGACGACAAUAAGAAACUCUGUCUGAGCAGCGGUGAAAUAAUCAAACUGACUGACACCAUGACAAUGAUAUUUGAAGUUGCUGAUUUAGCUGUCGCAUCGCCUGCCACUGUAAGCCGAUGUGGAAUGGUCUACUUGGAGCCAAGUAUCCUUGGCUUGAAGCCUUUCAUCGAAUGCUGGCUUCAAAGUUUACCUGCUCCAAUUUUUCCGCAUAGGGAUAAAUUAGAAAGUCUCUUUGAUUUCUACCUCGAGGACUCGAUUCAAUUUAUUCGAGAGAACACCCACGAAAUUGUACCCAGCACAGACGGCCAGCUAACUUUCAGUUUAUUAAAACUUUUCUCCUGUUUCUACAAACGGUUUCUCCCAAAGCCGGGUCUUCCGCUGCCGGCGAAGAAGGAAGAACGAGCCAGGGACGGAGUUUCUGAAGACCUUAUUGCAAGAACUGGUGAAGUUAUUGAAUCUUGGUUCUUCUUCUCAUUAGUCUGGUCCGUUGGAGCAACCUGUACCAACCAGGGCCGCAAAGCCUUUGACAUCUUUCUGAGGCAAAGGAUGAAGGAAUUGAAGUGUUACCGUCCGUUCCCUCCAGAAGGCAUGGUGUAUGAUUACUAUCUUGACGAAGCGGGCACACUUAGCACAGAUAAGAAGGAUUACGAUUGUGAUAAUCAACAGGAAAAUCAAGUUCAUUGGGAGCACUGGAUGACACAUGUACCACCCUACGAAGUUGACAUGACGGCAAAAUACUCAGAAAUUCUUGUUCCAACUUUGGAUAGCGUUCGUCUUGUUAAGGUUAUGGAGAUGCUUCUGAAAAAUGAAAACCCAGUACUUUGCAUUGGGCCUACGGGUACAGGAAAGACUGUAUACAUAUCGGACAAGCUCACGCGAGGCAUGCCCCCCGAGUUCAUUCCUGAUUUUAUGGUUUUCAGUGCCAAGACAUCAGCUAGUCAGACACAGGACUUGAUUGACAGCAAACUUGACAAGCGAAGACGCGGUGUAUUUGGUCCGCCUCCCGGAAAGUACUUGAUUUUAUUCAUUGAUGACCUAAAUAUGCCUGCUCCAGAUGCGUUUGGUUCCCAACCUCCAAUCGAACUAAUUAGACAGUGGAUGGAUUUCAAGGGUUGGUACGACCGAAAGCAGAUUGGCACCUUUAAAAAUAUAGUGGAUGUUAAUUUCUUAGCUGCUCUUUGCCCACCUGGAGGUGGUAGAAAUCCAAUCACCCAGCGUCUACUGCGACACUUUAAUUACUUGGGUUUCAAUGAAUUGGAAGAAUCUAGUCUCAUGACUAUAUUUUCAACCAUCAUAACCAGCUGGUUUAUGCAAACCCCAGAAAAUUCACCUGUUCGUCUUUUGAUUGAACGUGUCGAGCCAUUAGUAAAAGCAACUAUUUCAGUCUAUGUUACGGUUCAAUCACAACUUCUGCCGACACCAGCAAGAAGCCAUUAUACCUUUAACCUUCGUGAUCUUUCCAAGGUUUUUCAAGGCAUUUUUAUGUUUGACAUAUUUCAUCUCUCGGGCGACUUCAAUGGGGUUUUACGUCUCUGGUACCACGAAUCGUGUCGCGUUUACCAAGAUCGAUUAAUCAACAAUACUGACAGACAAUGGUUCAAAGAUGUGUGUAUUAAAACACUUGACAGCUUUUUCGAGGCUAAAUUUGAUGAGGUGGUCCCAUCAGAGCCGCUGUUGUAUGGUGAUUUUCUUUCUAAUGAUAUUCCUGAGAAUCGAAAGUACAUCGAAAUGGUUGAUCACUCACAAGUGAUUCAGGUUUGUGAGGAAAACCUGCAAGACUAUAACCAACUAAACAGCGCAAGAAUGGACCUAGUGCUUUUCAUGGAUGCUAUUAUCCACAUUUGUCGGCUCUCCAGGAUCAUCCGACAGCCACAAGGGAAUGCCUUAUUACUGGGUCUUGGCGGAAGUGGACGUCAAAGCGUAGCCCGUCUUUCAGCUCAUAUAUCUGAAGCUGAGUGCUUCCAAAUUGAACUAACAAAGACAUACGGUGUCCACGACUGGCAGGAAGACUUAAGAAAAGUCAUGAUGAUGGCCGGUGUCGAGGACAAACAGGUUAUGUUCCUGUUCUCCGAUACGCAAAUCAAGACGGAGACAUUUUUGGAAGAUCUUAACAAUAUGCUUAAUGCGGGUGAUGUGCCAAAUAUAUAUGCCUUCGAAGAUCUCGAGAAUAUCUACACUGCCAUGGAGCCUGUGGUAGCCAAUUUGGGACUGGUGCCUACAAAGAAUAAUCUAUUUUCUACUUAUGUCAAACGUGUCCGUCAAAACCUUCACACUGUGAUCACGAUGAGCCCACUAGGCGAAAUAUUCCGUGCUCGAUUGCGUCAAUUCCCGGCACUGGUUUGUUGCUGUACUAUCGACUGGUUCAGCGAAUGGCCAGAUGAAGCUUUGGAAGCUGUUGCCUUAAAAGUUUUCCGAAAUAUGACUGAUUUGAACACUGAUGAUGAACUCCUAGCCAGUAUCGUCAAGGUAUGCCAGAAAAUGCAUCAGUCAGCCGUUCAAUACACUGCAAGGUACCUCAUUGAAAUGGGACGAUAUAACUACGUGACAGCUGCCUGCUUUCUGGAGCUUCUUGGUACAUUCUCGAAGAUGUACGGCUCAAAGCUGACUGAAUUAAUGAAUUUAAGAAACCGAACAAAGACUGGAUUGGACAAACUUCUCUCCACGGAACUGAUUGUUGCCAAGCUACAAGAGGAACUGGAAGUGAUGCAACCGCAAUUAGAGAAGGCUAUCGAGACCUCAAAAGUAACGAUGGAAGAGAUUGCCAGAGAUUCUAAAGUGGCAGAAGAGACAACUGCAAUCGUUCAACGUGAGGAGGAAGCGGCUGCGAGAAAAGCCGCUGAAUGUGCAGAAAUCAAAGAUGAUGCUCAACGUGACUUAGAUGAGGCUUUGCCAGCACUCUAUGCAUCACUGGAUGCAGUUAAGUCGUUGAACAAGAGCGACAUUACUGAAGUUCGUGCCAUGAUGCGUCCCCCUGAAGGUGUCCGUCUUGUUAUAGAAGCUGUGUGCAUAAUGAAGGACGUUAAGCCAAAAAAAGUGGCUGGUGAUAAGCCAGGCAUUAAGGUGGACGAUUACUGGGAGCCUGGCAAGGCCAUGCUCCAAGAUCCGGGAAAAUUCCUUGACUCCCUUCUUAACUUCGAUCGUGAUAAUAUUCCUGAUGCAAUCAUUGCCAGAAUUCAGCCCUAUAUUGAUUCAGAAGCUUUUACACCUCAGGCCAUUUCAAAAGUUAGCAAGGCAUGUACGAGUAUCUGUUUAUGGGUGCGAGCAAUGUUCAAGUACCAUCACGUAGCCAAGACGGUGGCUCCGAAGAGGGCCGCAAUUAAAGCGGCUGAAAAGGAAUUGCAGGAGACUGAAUUUAUUCUGAAGGAGGCCCGAAUUCGAUUGCAGUCCUGUAAAGACCGCAUAGCUGGUUUGCAGGUUAAGUACGAUGAAUGCACCCUUAGGCAGCAAGAAUUGGAAAAUAAGAGCAAUCUUUGCGAGGCACGUCUUGUGAGGGCAGAUAAACUAAUUGGUGGCUUAAGCAGUGAAAAGGGAAGAUGGAUAGAAUUAAUUACAGAAUUAGAGAGCUUAGCUGAAAACUUAGUUGGUAACGUGCUUUGUUCUUCUGGUGCUGUGGCCUACAUGGGCCCUUUUGGUGGAGAUUAUAGACAAGAAAUGUCUACAAAAUGGGUUGAGUAUCUAAAGGAUCUCAAAGUGCCUCACACAUCGACCCCAGGUCUAGUUCAAAAUUUUGGCGAUCCCGUGAAAAUUCGUAAUUGGCACAUAUUUGGUCUGCCAAAGGAUAGUUUUUCCAUUGAAAACGCUGUUAUUGUCCAAUUCUCACGUCGGUGGCCUCUGUUCGUAGAUCCACAGGGCCAGGCGAAUAGAUGGAUAAAGUCGCUCGAAGGAGAUGAAGGACUUGAAGUCGUUAAAAUAUCCGAAAAAGACUUCCUGCGCACUCUUGAAAAUUCCAUCAGAUUUGGUAGGCCUGUUCUGCUAGAAAAUAUUGGGGAGGAACUUGACCCUGCUCUUGAUCCAAUUAUUAUAAAACAAACAUUCUCACAUCAAGGAACACUUAUGAUUAAGAUUGGUGACAAUAUUGUUCCUUACCAUCAAGAUUUUCGAUUAUACUUAACCACGAAAUUGCCGAACCCUCAUUAUUCGCCAGAAAAUUCAGCUAGGUUGGGAAUAGUCAAUUUUACCCUCGCUCCAAAGGGCCUGGAAGAUCAGCUUCUUGGUCUCGUCGUGGCAGAAGAACGUCCCGAUCUAGAAGAAGCGAAGGGCCAACUUAUUUUGAGCAAUGCCAAAAUGAAGCAGGAGCUUAAGGAGAUCGAAGACCGCAUUCUUGAGCGACUCAGUUCCUCCGAAGGUUCACCUAUUGAUGACCUCGAUCUGAUUGCGACACUUGAAGCCUCCAAGCUCAAGUCUUCGGAGAUUCAUGCAAAGGUCAUUGUGGCCGAACAAACCGAACGGGAUAUCGACGAAACCCGAAGCAUGUACAUUCCUGUCGCGAUUCGUGGCAGAAUUCUAUUCUUUUGCGUUAGCUCAAUGCGCAAUAUUGACCCCAUGUAUCAAUAUUCGCUAGAAUGGUUUAUAAACAUUUUCAUAAAUGGUAUUGCAAAUUCUGAAAAAGCAGCCACAGUCACCGAGCGUAUCGAAAAUACCAACAACUACAUUACGUUCUCUCUGUAUCAAAAUGUAUGUCGUAGUCUUUUUGAACGACACAAGCUACUGUUUUCAUUCCUGAUAAGCAUCAGAAUCCUUGAGGAAGAUGACCUCAUCAACAAAGAUGAAUAUAGAUUUCUGCUCUCUGGUGGUUCACAAAGAGUUACUGAAAUUCCAAACCCAGCCCCAGAAUGGAUAUCAGACCAAAUAUGGGGAGAUCUCUUGGCACUGGAUGCUUUGCCUAAUUUUGGUGGCCUUCCGAAGUUUAUAAAGAAAAAUCUUGAUGCAUUCAAGAACAUAUUUGAUUCACACGAACCCCAUCGUAUCCCACUAAAAGAACCAUGGGGUACUAAGCUCGACAGCUUCCAGCGCCUCCUAUUUCUACGAUGUUUCCGUCCUGACAAGGUUGCCAACGCAAUGCAAGAUUUUGUGGCUCAUCACCUCGGUCAAAGAUUUAUUGAACCACAAAAUACCAAACUCAGUGAGGUGUUCAAGGAUAGUUCACCAACGACUCCCAUAAUCUUCAUUUUAUCAGCGGGAACUGAUCCAGCUGCAGAUUUGUAUAAAUUUGCAGAGGAAAUGAAGUUUGGAGGCAAGAAACUAUCGUCUAUUUCCUUGGGUCAAGGUCAGGGUCCACGUGCUGAAGAAAUGAUGCAGGCCGCAAUGGAUCGUGGGCUCUGGGUCUUUUUCCAGAACUGUCACUUGGCACCCUCAUGGAUGCCUUCCUUGGAACGUCUUGUAGAACAGAUCGACAAAGAUAGGAUACAUAGAGAUUUUCGCCUUUGGCUUACUAGCAUGCCAAGUCCACAGUUUCCCGUGUAUAUCCUUCAGAAUGGUUCGAAGUUGACUAUUGAGCCACCAAAAGGGAUUAAAGCCAACCUCCUUAGAACGUACUUGUCAAUUGGUGAGAAGCAGUUGGAAAGUGUUCCACAAAAAAAUUCGAACUUCAAGUCUUUACUUUUGGCGCUCUCUUUCUUCCACGCCGUUUGCAUUGAGAGGAAGAAAUUCGGGCCAUUAGGUUUUAAUAUUCCUUAUGAAUUUACUACUGGCGAUUUGAAGAUUUGCAUGGACCAACUUGUCAUGUUUCUCGAUGAAUACAGUGAAAUUCCAUUUAAGGUCCUUCGGUAUACCGCGGGUCAAAUCAAUUACGGUGGUCGUGUAACAGACGACUGGGACCGUCGAUGUUUAAUGAACAUUCUCAUCGACUUCUAUCAUCCCAAGUCCCUUGAAAGCGAUCACCAGUACUCAAAAACAGGCAUUUACAGGCAGAUUUCUGGCAAAUCUGAUUACAAAGCGUACCUUGACUACAUUCAGACGUUGCCACUCAAUGAUCUUCCUGAAGUCUUUGGUCUGCACGACAAUGCAAAUAUCACUUUUGCACAAAAUGAAACUUUUCAUUUGUUAGCUGACUUAGUGCUCUUGCAACCAAAAACAUCUAGUGUCGGCGGUGGUGAAAAAACUCGGGAAGAGGUUAUUGAGGAAGUGGCCACCAGACUUCUCCAACAGUGUCCACAGCUAUUUGAUACUGAAGUUAUUGUCAAGAACUACCCAAUACUCUACGAGCAGUCCAUGAAUACAGUUCUUAUUCAAGAGGUCAACAGAUAUAACGACCUCUUGAUUUUACUAACCAAGAGCCUGAAAGAGCUAAUCAAUGCAGUUCGAGGUUUAGUUGUCAUGUCUGAGCCACUUGAAGCCAUAGCUACGUCACUAUUCACUAAUCAGGUACCUGAAAUGUGGAACAGUAACGCCUAUCCGAGCUUGAAACCUCUUGGAGCAUGGGUGGAGGAUUUGCAACAGAGAAUCAAGUUUAUUCAGACCUGGAUUGAUGAAGGAUUGCCAAUCGUGUAUUGGAUUAGCGGAUUUUUUUUCCCUCAGGCUUUUCUAACAGGUCAACUGCAGAAUUUUGCACGUAAACAUGCGCAACCCGUGGACACAGUCAGCUUCAAUUUUAAGGUUAUGAAAGAAAACAUAGGAGACCUCACAGAGGUUCCCGUCGAUGGUUGUUACAUCCGCGGCCUUUUCUUGGAGGGCUGUCGUUGGGAUCCAUUGCAAAUGUGCCUAAUUGAAUCCAGACCCAAAGAACUGUACACGCAUAUGCCAGUAGUCUGGCUUCUUCCUGAACCUAAUAAGCAGAAGCCUGAGAGUGGAAUUUAUGAGUGUCCUGUCUACAAAACUUUAGCAAGAUAUGGUACGCUGUCAACCACCGGUAUGUCAACAAACUUCGUUCUCACCAUCGAGAUACCCAGCAAGGAACCUCAGAAACAUUGGAUAAAGAGAGGCGCAGCACUCUUAUGUGCUCUGAACUACUGA